AUGGUGACUGAAGCCGAGGUGAGUCAUCGUCGGGUGCCAAAGAAGGUCUCCUAUGCCGAGGACUGUACUCGCCGAUAUAAACGUGAGGUUCAUUAUUCCCCUCAAGUUCGCCGGAGAAGUUUGAAGCUCACCACUCCACCUUUUUUGAAGGAUCUCCCCCCUGAGUUCGACGUUGUCGAAACUCCGGUGUUAACGCCAACGGACUUGGGCCCUCAAGGAAAAGGAAGCAGCGCAGCAAGUUAUUAUCAUCUCCAAGCACUUCCACACACAUCAGGCCAAGGUUUAGGAAUGCCAAAAACUUCGCAUUUUGAUCUUGAAAAAGCCCAAGGGGAGCUUGCUAUGGCCCAGGAGGAGACCAAUGAUGCCGGUGUUCUCGGCGACCCAGUCCUUUCAAUUGACAGCGCUGACACCCUCUCUGCCAAUGUUGACGAGCUUUUUGAAGACAUUAGAGGUGGCAUCGAGGGCAGCGCAGCAAGUUAUUAUCAUCUCCAAGCACUUCCACACACAUCAGGCCAAGGUUUAGGAAUGCCAAAAACUUCGCAUUUUGAUCUUGAAAAAGCCCAAGGGGAGCUUGCUAUGGCCCAGGAGGAGGUGGUGGCUCGAGACUAG